AUGGGAAUAUGGGGUAUGGGUGGUGCUGGUAAGACCACACUUGCUAAAGCUAUACUUCAAGAGUUGAAAGCUCAAUUUGAGGCUCUCUCUUUUAUUGAAAAUGUCAAAGAGCAAUUAGCAAGAAUUAGUUUGGAUGAGUUACAGAAAAAUUGCCUUAGAGAAUUAUUAAAAGAUGAGGACAUUAGCAUCUAUGACAUAAAAUCCACUUUUAUGAAAAAUAGGCUUCAGAACAAAAAAAUUCUUCUUAUACUUGAUAAUGUGGACAAUUCAAUAGUAGCAGCAGAUUUAACCAAGGUACUUGAUUGGUUUGGAGAAGGAAGUAGAAUUAUUAUUACAUCAAGGGACAUGCAAGUGCUGAAGAAUGCUUCUGUGGCAUUUUCAACAUAUCAUGUUCCGGAUUUGGAUUUUGAAGAUGCCUUUCAUCUCUUCAAUUUGAAAGCAUUCAAGCAAAAUGAGCCAUCUAAAGGUGACAUGGAGUUAUCAAAAUCAGUAGUGAAAUAUUGUCAUGGAAACCCAUUAGCCCUAGUAGUGCUGGGUUGCUUCCUCUACGGCUGA